AUGGACCAGCUGAACCUGACCUCUCCUAACUUCUCCAACUCUUCAACCACAGCACCUCCAAGAUCCUGGGGCUCUAAGGAUCUUGCUCCUGCAGUGCUGCUGUCCCUGUGCUUCCUUGUGGGAUUCCCUGGAAAUAUAGCAGUUUUAAUUCUCAGACCAAACUGGCAGCAGCUCUCCAGACUGACCCAGUGUCUGAUGAUGAACCUGGCCAUGUCCGAUCUGCUGUGCUUGGUCACUCUGCCUGUUUGGAUCUACACUCUUCUGUAUAGCUGGACCCUGGGUACUGCCACAUGUAAGAUUAUGGCCUUUAUUGUGCAUUGUAGCCUCCACAGCAGCCUGCUGACUGUCACUGCUCUGAGUGUCCAGCGCUACAUGCAGGUCAUACACCAGCAAAGAUGUCUCAUGUUCAAGAAGAGACUUCUUGUCCUCUUGUGGGUCAUGUCGAUGGUCCUCUCCAUCCCAGCUUUAGUGAUUCGAGAUACCAAAGUUAUGCAGGAUCGGGAUAUGUGCUUUCCAAAAUAUACCUCAAAUGCUCAACAAGUAGCUGUUUUAACCUCUGAAUGCUUUGUGGGUUUCAGCUCAUUCAUCAUUACAGCUUCUGCAUACAUUUGGCUGAACAGAAAGUUGAACAAGGUUGUGUUUUUUAACAGUUCUUGGACAUCUAAACUGGUCACAGGUAUUGUAAUAACUUUUUUUGCCCUGUGGAUGCCAUACUUUAUUUUUGAUCUUGUGGUCGCAAUAGCCAUUACACAAGACGACGGUAUAAAGAAUUUUUUUGAAUCUACCUACAACAUGUUUGCAUCUGUAACCUUUAUUAAUAGCUGCCUGAACCCAGUUCUCUAUGCAUUUGCAUUCAGAAUAUGCGGAAAACAUAACGAGAUAAUCUCUAGCAAUCAUGAAGAACCUACCAUGACUAAUAACAUGUAA